UAUCUAGUAUGACAGAUGCAGUGUUGGCUCGAGUAUAUAAACAAUCAGAUCUGGACAUCCUGGCUAAAGAAGCAUCCAUCCCAAUUGUCAAUGGACUGUCAGACUUGUACCAUCCUAUCCAGAUCCUGGCUGAUUACCUCACUCUCCAGGAACACUAUGGCUUUCUCAGUGGUCUUACCCUCAGCUGGAUAGGGGAUGGGAACAACAUCCUACAUUCUAUCAUGAUGAGUGCAGCAAAAUUUGGGAUGCAUCUUCAGGCAGCUACUCCAAAGGGUUAUGAGCCGGAUCCUAGUAUAAUCAAGCUGGCAGAGCAAUAUGCCAAGGAGAACGGUACCAAACUAUUGCUGACAAAUGAUCCAUUGGAAGCAGCGCACAGAGGCAACGUAUUAAUUACAGACACUUGGAUAAGCAUGGGACAAGAAGAAGAGAAGAAAAAGAGGCUCCAGGCAUUCCAAGGUUACCAAGUUACAAUGAAGACUGCUAAAGUUGCUGCUUCUGACUGGACAUUUUUACACUGCUUGCCCAGAAAGCCAGAAGAAGUGGAUGAUGAAGUGUUUUAUUCUCCACGAUCAUUAGUGUUCCCAGAGGCAGAAAACAGAAAGUGGACAAUCAUGGCUGUCAUGGUGUCCCUAUUAACAGAUUACUCACCUGUGCUCCAGAAGCCAAAGUUUUGAUGCCGUGAUGCUGGCCAAGAGAAAAACAACGUUCUGCGGUAAUAGAGUCAG